AUGGAUGGUCUGGAGGCUCAGCCCAAGAACCUAGAGUCGUUGGUUAACAUCCCGUUUCCUAGCACGCUACGAGCUAUGCAAUCCUAUCUCGGGAGCUUGAACUACUACCGUUGCUUCAUUGAGGAUUUCGCGGUGUAUGCUGCGGUGUUGUAUGAGUUAAGAGAAUCGGAUUUCUUCGAGAUCGGCCAAUCCCAGCUUGCGGCAGGAGACGAAUGCUCCAACGAGGGUCGAUGGACGGAAGCCAAGGUUGCUUUCACUAUGCUAAAAGCUAAGAUAGCUACAGCUCCCAUGCUCAAGCAUUUCGACCCAGAUCGGUCCCCCGUAAUCGUGGUCUACGCUAGCAAGUGGGCUGUCUCAGCGGCCCUGAUACAGGAGUACGAUGGCGUUUAUCAUCCGGUUACGUUUACUAUCCGCACUUUAAAGCCUAAUGAGCUUAACUACGGAACGGUAGAAAAAGAAGUGCUGGCGCUACUUCGUGUGUUGGAUGUAUGCUAUACUACGCUUGCCUCGCGGGAGAUCACUGUACUGACCCGACAUUCUACGUUAGCCUGGUUGAUGCAGUCUCGAGGGCUCAACGGGAGAUUAGGACGGUGGGCUGCUUUGUUGUCAAAUUGGACUAUGGAGGUGAAAAAAUGUGAAAGAGGAGAGGAAGAGAUCCUGGGCAUAUUAGCAGCGAGUAUCACUCCGAGAGGAGAAGUGGAAGAGAUGCUGAUUGCGAUCUGUUAG